AUGGCCGGGUGGGGCCGGAUGAGUGCUCAGGGCUCUGACAGAAUCGUAGAGCCUACUCUUGGCAUCAGGCGGCAAACCGUUGUCCCGUUCUCCUCGCCUCUUUCGCUGGGACUGCUUUUCUGUUCUCUUCUUGCCUCGGCUUCACCUCGUUUCCGCGUCCUUUCUGCUCUCGCCGCUUCUCGCUUGGUUCCUCCGACCUCUAAUCCUGCUUUGGGCCCCGCCUUUUCUUCUCGGUCGGGGUCGACUUUCUCGGAGGGUGUCUCGCCGCUCCGUUUGCUGACUCACCUGCGCUUCCGCCUCCGUGCGGCGUCGCCUUCUCGGCUCUGUCUCCGGCGCGUGCGCUCCACAAUGCCGACUUCCUCUGACCGCAGCUCGCGGCUCUCCCGGAUCUUGGCCUCCCCGAAACGCCAGUUUCUGCUGCUCCUCAAGAAGCGCCGGAAAGCGAGAAGUCAACCGUUUGGACAAGACGUGCGUGUGCGGGCCUCUGCGCGAGACAGGCUCGUGGGCGCUGUCCUGUGGAAGCUGCGGGCGAUUGCUGCGCUCGCCUUCGGCGUCGGCCUCUACCUGCUUCUCUGCUUUGACCAGUUCAGUCGAAACCUCGUCGUUGACGAACACGGUUUCUCUCACGGCGUUCACCACUCCACAUUUGUCGACGAUGCUCGGAUCUUCCGGAUUCGAAACGCCAUCCAGGAGGCGGCUCACGAAGAGGCGCAAGAGGUCGAGGCGCACGUGAAGGCUGAACUUGCGAAGCUGAGCGAGGAAGCCGAGGCUGCGGCGCCGACACAGCGGAUUCUCCAGAAGCACUGUCUCGCCGCGAGAGAGGUUCAGCCGACGGCGUACCCGUUCCUUUAUCUCCCAGAGACUCUCUUUGUGACUUCGUGCGAGAGAGACGAGCUCCCGAUUUCGAGCGACAAAGGCGCCGAGUUACUCAACCUCCCCCCGCGCUUCCUGUGUCGACUUCUCCAGCUGCUCGCGGACGCGGGGCAGGAGGUUUACCUGCAGCCUUUUCUCCUCGAAGACGAAGAGGGCACGCAGGCCAGAGACCGUGCAGAGGCGCAGCACGAAAAGCACACGGCGAGACGCCCGCCUGCCGGCGACGCAGACUCGCAGCCGGAAGAGAAAGUCGUGUGUGGAACCUGGCACUACAACCUGAUUGCGAUAUCCAAGAGCGACCGCGGAGACAGCCGGGACGCCCUCGGGGUCUUCACGGCGUUCGACUUCUCGCUCCUCCACCUUCCCUCCUUCCUCGCUUCUUCGUCGCAGUCGACUCUGCCUUCAGCCCCAGGAGCCGGCUCGGUGGCUGCCGUCUCCUCCGCGCUGAGCAUCUUCCUCCAGCAUGCGGCGCCGUGGCUAAGCCGAGACGUCUUUUUUGUCUUCUCCGACUUCCGCCUCCCCUAUUCUGCAGGCUCACGCGCUUGGCUGUCGGCGUAUAUUCGGUCCCAGUCGUUCUUUCCUCGACGGGGGCUGCUGCGAAUGGCUGUGGCGCUAGAACCGGAUCGGGAGGGGACAGAACGGGAAGAGGGCUUCCGCUUUCUCUCGCCGGACAUUGAAGGUACCGAUGGGAGGUUGCCAAACCAGGACAUUGUCAAUGUGUUUAUGGCCGAAGCCGCGCGGACUGGAAUCACCGUUAAACUCAGAAAUACGUGGGAGUAUGUGUUCCGCAUGGCGCGCAACUGGGGCGUUCACCGGCCUCAUUCAGCCCUGUUGGAAGAGGCGAUUCCCACAUUCACCAUCGUGGCGAAAAACGCCAGCGUCAGAGCUCGAGUCGGCUCCGAGGCUCCUCUCUCGCGGUGGGGCGACUUGGCAAGGGUGUUGGAGAGGGUGACACGCAGCGAAAGCAACGUCCUGCAGACUCUGCACCACUCCUUCAACUUCUACUUCUACACCAGCAGCCACGCCCACGUCUCCUCGGGUGCCUUUCUGUACCCUGUCUUCACGAUGCUUGCUCUGCUGCUCAUUCCCAUUCUCUCCUCUCGCGUGAUGCGCGACAUCCGGGGCUUCAUCGCCGCCAUCGCUCUCCUUCUGCUGGCGUUCGCAUGCAGUCUCCCCGCCCUCAUCCUUGCAACCCGGCCGUCUGUCAAUUCGCUCCUCUUUGGAGACCCGCACGCACUCGUUCCCUCCUGUGCGACGUGGCAAAAAGACGCGUACCUCCAGUACAGUCAGAAGGCGAGCAUCUGGCUGCAAGUCCUGUUCGUCUUUUAUUUCCUCCUGCUCUCCUUCGUCAUGUGGCUCGGUCGCCGCGUCCAAGCCCAGAGACGCGCGGCCGCCGAAGAUUGUCUGGCGGCUCCGCAAGAUCCCGCGAUUCUCUGGGAGACGCCGAAGCGGGAGAAGACCGAAGACGAGAAGGAGAGAAUCCGAGAAGCAAAGCGCCUGGCAGAUGCCCUCAAGCUCGCCGAGGCGACGGAGAAGAAGGACGGGCGAGAGGUCAGCGGGUGUCAGGAGCCGGAAAGGGAGAAGGAACCCGUCGAGGAAAGGGAGAAGGAAGAGUCGGAAGAAGACGAGCAAGUCGAAGCGGCCUGGCAACCUCCGAGAGCUCCGCCGCCUUUGUGGCUUUCUGUCCGGGGCUUCUGCGUCCGUGUUUUCGCCGUCUGGAUCAUUGUCAUGCUCACGCUCUACAACUGGGGUCUCUCUGCCUUCCUCUCUUGCCUGCUGGUUCCCCUGGCCUGGCUCGUUGUGCCCGUCGGCUACCGCGCGGCGGAGCCUCCUCGGCCGUCGCUCGAAGAGUCGAAGAGAGAACAGAAAGAGGAAAAGAAAGGGGAAGGCGAGAAGGAUGGCGAAGGUGCGCGGCAGGGUGAAGAGAAGUUUGCGAAGGAAAUGGCGAAGUGGAAAAGAAGGUGCAGAAUGGUGAAGGUGGCGACUGUGCUCAGGAAGUGCGUUGUUGCCCUCGUUCUUCUCGGUGUCCUGCUCUUCGUCGUCGACUCAGAUGUCAUCAAGGUUUACCGCGCCGGCGUUCAGCGAACGGCGCACGAAGUCGCGUCUUUCCUCUACGAAACCCUCUCUUCUGUCCAGGCUCAGCACCUUCCAGGGUUUUCGUUCCUUCCUUUCAACUUUCUUCAGUGGCUGCGCUCCGGCUCGGUCUUUCGUCCCCUCUCGUCGUCUCCUCCGCAGUAUCCUCUCGACUCCUCUUCUCUCGCCUCCACCUGGGGGGAGGCGCACGCCUUCUCGCGUGCGUACGAAAGCCACAUGCGCGCGCUGCUUCCCCUAGGGUCAGCUUGGAUCUUCCCCCAGCAGCCCUCUUCGUUUUUGCUUUUCAUCUACUCCAUGGCCCGCGACUCGGUUUGUGUCAAUACAACAGCCUUCGGCACCUUUCUCUUCGGCCUUCUGCCUUUCAGCUUUUUCCUGGUUGCCGUCUUUCUCGUCCUCCCUCCCUAG